AUGCCCUCCUCUCGAGAAGCUCGAGAGCAGUGGGGGAGCAUCGUGGAUGUGGUUGCGCGGAUGGACUCCACCAAGCCCUUACCGCGACAGUAUGUUAUGACUCAAUACUUGCCGGAUAACAGGUUGCUACCACCAGAGCUCGUCCGCGUGCUUCAACAAGAGGACGGCGACUUUGACAGCGAAGCUGCGGAGUGGUUUAAACAACAAAUCAGCGACGACGAAAGCUUUCACGCGCGGCCGCUUCGACCGACCUUUACGAGGGAUACGGCAACCAUCAUCGCGGCCGGGAGGGAGGAGGCGGAUCAUUCCGAUGGCGCGGUGAAGGAGGGUCCUGAUUUUCAUCGCGUCUAUCGUUGUAUGGGCGGAAGCGGGAGCAGUGCGAUGCGCGCGAACGCCACGCUCGGGAUCUCCUCACAGCUCACAUCUGGCUUCAUCGAUUGGCGGCGCUAUGAGCUUACGCACCGUCAACCCGACUUUAUGCCGAUUAUCCUCGUGCCCUUUUCGAUCACCUCGCCGCUCCAGCUGCUUAACAUUAAAAGCUUUCUCGAGGAAGGCGAUUACGUCGAUCCACCCACGCUCUUCGUCGAUGCGGAGACCGGCACCGCGAACAUUCAGGAUACCAAGCCGGAGUCUGUGAUCGUAUCCCCAGGACCUUUUCUCGAUAAGGAAAAAUACACGGUCGUUUUUAGCCACUUCCGCGUUCUCGACAACCCGGAUAAGGUUCGGAACUGGGAGCAUGUGUGCGCGUGCAUAGUGGAUGGCAAGGAGUGGCAGCUGGAAAAGUACUUCCCAGGCGAACCAUCUGCACGUCAGCCAAGUGAGUUGUUUUCACGCGUACGCGGCUUUCUGCCAUAUUUUGAGGAGGAUAAAAUCCCCAAGGCGUUACGACAGUGGCGUGUGCAGCCUCUUAUCUUGUCGAGGCGGUUGUUGAAAAAGCAGCAGCACAUCAAACAAGCUUUUGUGUUCUGGGAGCAACUGUACCUAUUUUUAGAUGAACACCCGAUGUUUAAGCUUUAUAACACUAACUUGGACGAAUGA